CAAAUUCAGGGCGCUUCCUGCAGUAUCAACAACCAUCGGCCAAGGGAAGAAAAACUAUGCUGCGAUGAAGAGCCAGGUCCAUGGAGUAGCUGCGAUCUACCUUUUGUUGCAGUGCGUGUCAGGAGCGGCACCGAAAUCCUCUGCACUGCAAUCGGGUAGUUCGUUUAUGAACCUACCGAGGAAGUUCUGGCAAGACACCUACACCUACACCGAUCUACCGGGGGAGGAUGAGGAGCAGGAGGAUGAGUCGGCCGAAAGCACCACGCACGAUCCGUAUCCGUUCUUCGACGAUGCCAACAUGGCCGCCAACGUCACCACGCAGCUUGGGAACGACGUGUACCUGCACUGUCGUGUCAACGAUCUCCGCGAGCGGACAGUCUCCUGGGUUCGACGGAAGGGUGAUGAAAUCCAUCUCAUCACCGUUGGCCGACAGACGUACAGCAGCGAUUCGCGGUAUUCGCUCCAGUUCCAACCCCCAAACAACUGGCAGCUGCUGAUCCAGUACUCGAACGAGCGUGACGAGGGUCAUUAUGAGUGCCGCAUUUCGUCCUACCCGCCGCUAGUCUACCUGGUCUAUCUAAUUGUAGUCGUACCACGGGUGGAGAUCAUCGACGAAAGAGGUCAGGCCACGCUGGACAAGUUCUACAAGGCGGGCAGCACGAUCGAACUGAAGUGUAUCAUCAGCAGGGUACCACAGCCGACGAGCUACGUCACCUGGAAGCACGGCAUGCGGAUGCUAAAUUAUGACACGAGUAGAGGAGGAAUUAGUGUGAAGACAGACCUGCUUCCUGGUGGGGCGAUGAGCCGCCUUUACAUCGCGAAUGCUAAUCGAUACGAUACGGGCAACUACACUUGUGCCCUGGCCGACAUUGCACAGGCAACGGUUUCCGUGCACGUGUUGAAUGGAGAAAAUCCCGCCGCGAUGCAACAUGGUGGAGGCGCCCAGUGGAAGCCCACGUUGGGUAGCGUCGUCGUCCUGCUCCUUAUUCUCGGUGUCAGUCUCAAUGCCUUCCGGUGA